AUGUCCGAUCACACAGUGCAAGGCGGGGACGAUAGCACGACGCCGAGCUUCAAGGUGGUGCUUGUCGGCGACAACAGUACGGGCAAGACCACCCUCGUGAAGCGACGCGUCACCGGCGAGUUGGAACGCAAGUACUACAUUCCAACCCUCGGCACCGAGGUCCAGCCACUGGCCUUCGACACCACGCGCGGCAAGGUCAUCCUCAACAUAUGGGACUCCGUUGGUGGGGAGAAGCCUGGGCUCUUGCGAGAGGGGCAUUACAUCGGGGCCGACGCCGCCAUCAUUCUGUUCGACGUCACCAAUCGCUUCUCCUACCGCAGGGUGCCCCUGUGGUACGCCGGCAUUAGCCGUCUGUGCGGAGAGGCAAUUCCGGUGGUGCUCUGUGGAAACAAGGUCGACCUCAAGGACCAACGCCAGGUGAAGCCCAAGCAGAUCACCUUCCACCGCAAGAAGAACCUGCCCUACUUCGACAUCUCGGCCAAGUCCAACUACAACCUCGAGAAACUGUUCCUCUUCGUGUGCCGUCGGCUGAUGAACGACGCGCAGCUGGUCUUCACGCAAGAGCCGGCGCUCCUGCCGCCCGAAACGCAGAUCGACAGGGCCGCCCAGGACGAGAUCGAAGCUCUGCUCCAGGCCGCACUCCACCAGCCCCUGCCCGACGAUGAGAUUGAUGAGGGCGAGGUGUAG